AUGACUAUCCAUCAGGAUCCCAUCCUUCCCAAAAUGCGCGACAUGUCAUUAUCGGACUCCACAGAGCCUACCCAAAACGGCAUCACCAGCCCGGUUUCAGCGCAACACGAGAAAAUUACCCCAUCCAAGACAGGCCUCCUCUCGGAAAGUGAGAGUGAGGCAUGGCAGAGAGCUAUAGAGAAAGUCGUUAGAUGCGUCGUAUCUGUCAAGUUCUCACACCCGUAUUCAUUCGACACAGAAAUCUCCAAGACAAGCGAAGCAACUGGCUUUAUUGUUGACGCUGAGCGAGGCCUUGUCCUGACCAACAGACACGUAGUAGGACCUGGGCCGUUCUCUGGGUAUAUCGUCUUCAAUAAUCAAGAAGAAGUAGAGGUCCAUCCAAUCUAUCGCGACCCCGUCCAUGACUUUGGGUUUCUCAAAUUUGACCCAAAGGCGGUCAAGUAUAUGGAGCUCACUGCCAUGCAACUACGACCCGAUCUUGCCAAAGUUGGAACAGAGAUCAAGGUCAUCGGUAAUGAUAGCGGCGAAAAGCUGGGUAUUCUAUCUGGCUUCAUUAGCCGUCUGGACAGAAACGCCCCCAUCUAUGAUGGCUACAUGGACUUCAACACCUGCUACUACCAAGCCAACGCUUCCGCAUCCGGCGGCUCUUCAGGAUCCCCUGUCGUCAAUGUUGACGGCCAUGGAAUCGCUCUUCAAGCUGGCGGCCGCACAGAUGGUUCAACCGAUUAUUUCCUCCCACUUGAUGGCCCACUCCGAGCAUUAGAGCAGAUCCAGAAUGGCGACAAGGUGAAAAGAGGAGAAAUCCAGACUGUCUUCAAGCUCAAACCCUUUGACGAGUGUCGGAGACUUGGGUUGAAUCCAGAGUGGGAGAGUGUUCUUCGCAAGUCUUUUCCGGGAGAAGACAACCUCAUCGUGGCGGUUGACGUCCUGGCCGAGGGACCGUCAGACGGUAAACUGAAAGAGGGAGAUAUCCUCAUCAAGAUCAACGGGGAACUUAUCACGCAGUUCCUCAACUUGAACACCAUCUUUGACGAGAACAUUGAUCAAACAAUUCGCGUCCUCGUCCAAAGAGAUGGAGAAGACGUAGAAGAGGAUAUCACGGUGCAAAACCUCAACGCCAUUACUCCCGAUCGCUUCGUCACUGUCGGAGCAGCUUGCUUUCACGACCUCUCGUACCAGGUUGCACAGCGCUACGUCCUCCCCUGUCGUGGCGUUUACGUCUGCAAAGCAGGGCCCUUCCAUCCAACGCACGAUAACUACCUCAUGGUUGACAGCGUAAAUCACAAAAAGACACCUAACCUGGAAACCUUCGUGCAGGUGCUCAAGAAUAUCCCUGACAGGGCCCGAGUGGCGAUCAAGUACUGGCACGUCUGGGAACGGCACACCAUUCGUAGUGCUGUCGUGGCCAUUGAUAGGCAUUGGUUUCAGCGCAUGAAGAUGUUUACGAGGAACGACGACACUGGAGCUUGGGAUGUUGAUGUCCUUGCUGAGCCACUGCCUGCGGUUCAGCCGAACAAGCUGAGUGCCUCGUUUGACACGCUUGAGCACAUCCCGUUGAGAGCGGUAGCGGAGAUCGUGAGGAGUUUCGUCAACGUCAAGUUCUCUGCUCCUGUCCUGAUCGACGGACAGUCUACCCGUGUUCAUCGGGGUAUGGGACUUGUAAUUGACGCCGAGCGUGGAUUCGUCAUUAUCUCCAGAACGGUUGUCCCCACAAAGAUGUGUGAUAUCGAGCUCACCUUUGCGGACUCAGUUCUGAUCCCUGGAAAGGUUGUGUUUUUGCACCCUUCCCACCACUACGCCAUCAUUCAAUACGACCCCAGUCUUGUGGACGCACCUGUCAAAAGCGCAAAGUUCAGCACGGAGCGUAUCUCGCAGGGAGCUUCCACCUUUUUUGUUGGGCAUAACGAUAGCGAUGAGAUGGUCUAUGCUUCUACAGCCGUCACAAAGGUUAUACCACAGGAGCGAGAACCUCCGAACCCCCCUCGAGGGCGUCCUAUCAAUGUUGAUAGGAUCGACGUGGAGACCAGAAUCGGCGCAUACUGCAGCAGCGGUGUUCUCGUUGCCGAAGAUGGCUCCAUCCAAGCUCUGUGGGUUGUGUACGAAGUGGAAGAUCUCGAUGAAGCUUGCUUCGGAUUAAGCUCUCAAGCUAUUGUUCCCAUUGCGGAGAAGCUCAGUCAAGGUAUUAUCCCCAGCUUGAGGAGUCUAUCCGUGGAGCUGGCAGCUGUGACGAUCAUAGAGGCUCGCGUAAUGGGCGUGUCGGAAGAGUGGAUCAGCCAAGUGCAAAGCAGAUCAUCCGAUCGCCGGCUCUUCAUGGUGAAGCGAGCAUCUAGCGGUCUACCCAACUCCCUGGAAGAGGGCGAUAUACUGCUCACCCUAGACGGAAAGCUCGUUACGCAACUUUCUGACGUGGAGGCGAUGUACUGGAAAGAGUCGCUCGAUGUCGUCGCUGUGCGAAGCGGUGAGCAGAUCAGUUUCAAGGCCCAGACCGUUCUUGAAGAUGAGUUUGAGACGUCGCGUGUUGUCAACUUCUGCGGUCUGACCGCCCAGAAGCCACACCGGACUGUUCGACAGUGCAUCAAGAAGUUGCCUAGUGAGGUGUACAUCACAAGCUGGCUAGUCGGUUCGCCGUCCAACUUGUAUAGCGUUUAUGCGACGACCUUUAUUACGCAUAUCGAUAACAAGCCAACGCCUGAUCUUGAGGCCCUGAUGAAUGUGGUGGCCAACAUCCCUGACAAGACUUACUUCAAGAUCAAAAUGACAGACUUCUCAGGCACUCCAUCUGUUGUCACUAUCAAGAAGGACGAGCGGUAUUUCCCAACGGUAGACUGGAUCCGUGACGAGACACAGGCUGAAGGGUGGAGGAGAAUUACGUACGAGAAUGGGGAGGCUAUACAGGGUGAGGGACUUUAUGGUAUCUCGCUGUAG